AUGGCGGCACUUGAGAGAAGCAGCGUGUGAUAAAGGGGUAAUUUUAUAUUUUUAUCCAACUUUAUUAUAUAUCUUUUUUAUUUUGCAUUACUUAUGGUUAAGAGGAUAUAACUAUGGUUGAUUGAGGGAAUAAAUAUAUAAUUCAGAGUAUUCUGAAGGACCAAUAGCGAUAGGUGAAAAAGAUGAAGGACUUUUUCCAGAAAUAUAUAAUUGAUCAUAAUUAAUCUUAAAAAUGAGGAUAAUAAAAAAAAAUCUGGGCGGAGUUGAGUCUAAUAAUAAUAAUAAUAAUAAAUAGUAGUAAUAAUAAUGUUAUUUUUAAGGUGAGGAGUAUGUGAUCAAUUUUUACGUAUUCAUUAUGAGGAUCUAUAAAUAAUUAUAAUAUACAUUUUUAAAAAUGUGGAGUUUAGUGUAAUAAAAAUAUUAUGAGGGUAAAUGUGAUAAAAUGUAAAAAUUUAGGAGACUACUCGGUAUUUUCCACCAUAUCUUUUGCGUGCCCUACCGUGUGUAAUCCCGCCCAAUCCUGCCGGCACCGUCGUCCCUUCCACUGCUUCUCCUCCGGUAGACUCUUCGCCGGCGAUCUCCGCCACCGUCCUCCUUCAACGGCGGCGUCGCCGCCCCCCUGAGCCAGGUCACUCCAUAGUAUUUAGCUAUCCUCUUCAUCCUCUCGAAUUCGGCGUGAGCUUCAGGCCCUGCGGCCAUCGUCGGUGACCAGUUGUGUUCCCCUUUCACGCGCGCGACUUGUUCGGCGAAACGACCAGCGGACUGCCGGCGAACGGCCGACGGCUUCAGAGCCUCUGAUAGAGCUCAAUAUGCUGGCAAUCAUGGCGGCGUCGAGGGCACCGCUUCCUGUAUUUACGUGGCACGGCGCAGGUCUCCCACCACCGCCCUCUCGUGAUUCGAAUCUUCUUUCUUGCCGGCCGAGAUUCUUCCUCUCGAGUGGCAGCAGAUCUCGUUCUUCUCGCCCCGCCGCAGUUCCGGCGAUGGCGUUCUCGGCGACGAACAAGGUCCGACCUCCUCCUUUCUUUCAGUUCCUGAUUUGGUGACUUUUCCGAAGAAUGAAUCCGAGGAUCUCUACAGAUUCCCCGAACACCGGCGCUGCGCGCUCAUUCCGCAGGACGGGGCUAUCGGCCGCAACUCCAGCAGGUCAACUAUGGCGACGGCGAUCAGGAGGCCUUCUGGCUGGCGCUCCUCAAGGAUGUCAUCUGGUACUGCUCACAGAUAUCGUAUUCGUUGUUUCUUCCAUGAUCAACCGGUUCAUCUGAAUCUCGGGACUCAGAUGUCGAAGUUGGAUGAUUUCUUUUUAUUUUUGUGUGUUUGGGGGGGGGGGGGAAUCGGGGGGAACAAGAUGAGAUAAAGUGGUGAAAUCCUCUAGAAGUUUCUGAUGACCUUCUUCGCGUCUGCUACCGGGCAGGAGCUUCAGGUUCCUCGUAUCAUUCUUGGCGGAGCAGCCCGGCCAGUUGAAGUACAUCGAGUGGCCGAGCUUCCAAACCACGGUCUGUACUCUGCACCGAGUUAUUUCCCCUCUCCCUCUCCCUCUCUCUCACUCCUGUAAUCUUCGCUGGGGAUGCAGCUGAAGACAGCGGCGCUGACGCUGGUGCUGGUGGCAGUGCUGAUCGUGGCGCUGUCCUCCGUUGACUCGGGGCUCUGCUAUCUGUUGGCGCUGAUGCUCAGAAGCUCGGUGUAA